UGUUCCAUAUCGAAUAAAUGAAAACUACAGUUUGUUUACAUACAACAACUACCUGCCGGUAUAUAGUCCCGCAAUGGAGCCAAUUGUGAACCCGAAAGGCAUUAAAAAGGAAUACGAGAACGGCCAUUGUGAAUACAUUGUGUCUGAGCAAUGGCAAAGCAAUGAAAUAAAACUGGAGCCGCAUGUAUGUGUUGAGGAAACAGCAGAGCAAUUACAAGCAAAUAAUAUUGAUAUAGAACCCACGAAAAUAGCACAGGAUGGGGCAAUGGAAAUGGACACCGCGGCGUACCACGAGGUGCAACGGUCGCAAGCCUUAUCGAAAGCAGCUGGAGUUUCAACGAAUCUUUCUGCGGGCCAAGCAUUUAAUCAAAUCCUAAGCGAAAUACGAACUAUGAAUGAAGUUUACCAAAGCAUGUUCCAUACACUAACCGAAGAGAUCAUAAAUCUAAGAAAUGAAGUCAGCCAGUUAAGAGCUCUGCCCACAACAGAGAGUGUAUCAAAUCUCUUGCCAACUCUGCCGCUGCCAACGCUUGUGAAAUUUCAGGAAUUUGAUCAGAAACUCUUGGCGGAAAAUGAUCUGCGCGUAAAUCUGAAGAACUUUCUGCUUCGAGUCGGCGGAAGCGAUCUCUCAGCAUUUACCAGGCUGGCUUUGCGGCGAAUAUUAUCGGAUGAAGCGUCCACAAAUAUAACUUGGUGUGGCACCAAUGACAAGCCCAGUUUCCAAAGCUUUGCCACGUUUAAUGUCAUAAAAGAAAUUGGCUUUCUAAGAUUCAGUUAUGCCACGGAUGUUGAUAUACACAAAAUUUGCCAACAGCAUUUUCUGCACGCCAAGGAUAGAAUAAAUAAAAAAUUAAAAACUAAAACCAAAAAAUUAAAUGUUAAUGACACAAUUUAAGUUCAACUUAAUGACAAAAAAGCUUUAGACCAAAUAUCUAUGUAAAUAUUAAUACUAUUAUUUAAGGUUUAAGGGUGCAUUUAAGGGUACUUAUGUAGUCUAAAAAUACGUAGCUAAAAAAACGAAUA